CUGGUGACUCCUUCAAGCGUACGGAAAACAGACCACGUUCUGGCUUCUUCUGCGGCCUCUUCCAUCAAAUCUCAAAGGAACCCUCCGACAAUGGCAGCCGACCCUAGUAGCCUCAGCGAGCAGGAACGGGCUACGCAUCUCCUGGAUGCGCAGAACAUGGCUUUCCAGCUGUUCCAGGAAAUCGAGCGAGACUUGAUCCGCCCAGGAGUCAGCGAGAAGGCUUUGAGCAACGAGAUCCACGAGCUUGGGACGAAACGGCACAAUGUCCGAACCCAUUGGCACAAACGCGUCGUCAGAAGUGGUCCCAACACGUUGAUGCCGUACGCGGAGAACCCUCCAGACCGCAUCAUACAGCCCGACGACAUCCUCUUUGUGGAUCUAGGUCCAGUGUUCGAGGCCUGGGAAGCGGACUUCGGACGCACCUUCGUCCUUGGAGACGACCCUGUCAAGAAGCGGCUGCAUGCCUCGUUGGAGCCGGUGUGGAACACGGUCAAGGCUCGCUAUGACGAGAACCCCGACAUGACAGGAGGACAACUCUAUGACAUCGCGUGCGAAGUGGCCCGGCUUGAAGGGUGGGAGUUUGGCGGUCAGAUUGCCGGGCAUCUGGUCGGAUCUUUUCCACAUGAGCGCAUCCCGAACGACAAGAUCACGCUGUAUAUCACAAAGGGAAAUACGGAACAGAUGAGUCGAGUUGACGGGAAAGGUCAAAAACGGCAUUGGAUUCUGGAGAUUCAUUUGGUCGACCGAGAACGCCAGAUCGGUGCGUUCAUGGAGCAGCUCCUGACCAUUGUUUGAUAUACAAGAGACACACGAGUUGCCUAGGGUUGUUAGCCCAUUGUCGCUGUUUUUCCCAGGUUGUCCUCCUCGAAAGGAGGGUUCGGUUGUUCCCGUUAAUACCCCGUAUUCUUCGACGAGUGGUCGGGCCCAAAUACUCUGCCGGUGCUAGUCCGGGCGUUUGGCGUCAAACAAGAUCCAGGUAAGUCUGGAGUGGUCAAGCUAUAUUCUCUAGCCUAGGAGGAAGCCAGCAUACAUUGAU